AUGGGGAUUAAAGGACUGUGGUCGGAGGUGCGGCCCGUGUGUCGUCAAUCACACCUUUCGAACUUUCGUGGUCAGCGCGUGGCUGUGGACAUGUACGUGUGGCUGCACCGGAGUAUUUUGGGUAGCGUUCAAUUGGGCACGAGGGCUGACGCAGAGGCGUUUAUUGAGUGUGCUGAGAUGACAUCCGAGGCCGUUGAUGCAGGCAGUUCUGUUCUUCUUAGCAACAAAUUCUUACAGUUUGUGAUGGGUCGUGUGGACCUCAUGUUAAGGUGUGGCGUCCACCCUGUGCUAGUCUUUGAUGGGGCCCCGAUUCCCAUGAAGCAGGGCACAGAAGCGGAGCGACAGAUGCUCCGUGCGGCACGCCUAGCAGAGGCGUUACAAGUGCUAAAACAGGGAGGUCCAUCGAAUCCCCGCGCCAGGCAGGAGGCAGCACAGCUGCUGGAGAAGGGUAUGGACAUCACCACGGAGCUGGCACAUGCUGUGAUUCAGGUGCUAAAAGAACGACGACUGGAGUGCAUUGUUGCCCCAUAUGAGGCGGAUGCUCAAUUGGCGUAUUUGUGCAAGGAGGGUUAUGUGCAGGCGGUUGUAUCGGAGGACAGUGACCUCAUUGCGUACCACUGCCCGUGCCUCAUUGCCAAACUGGAUGCUCAUGGUGGCUGCGAGGUGCUCUUUGCACAGGACUUACCGCGGUGUCCGAGCUUUUACGGGUUGUCAUAUGAGUCGUUUUUGGUUGGCUGUAUUCUUAGCGGAUGUGACUACCUUCCGAGUCUGCGGCACAUUGGGGUGAAGAAGGCAUUCCGUCUGGUUGCCCAGGCCACAUCGGUUCCAAGUAUCAUGCGGUCCUUGGAGGUUAAAUUUGGGUUUUCCAAAGAGGAAUUAGAUGCAUACGAGGCAAAGUUGCAACAGGCCUUUUACUGCUUUGCACAUCAUUUUGUAUUUGAUCCUGUUCGCAAGGAAGUCAUGCACCUGACCCCGCUUCCACGAGGGAUUCCGCUCAAGACGAACCUUCUUGGCGAGGCGCUACGAAAAGAUAUCGCGGAAAAGGUCUGCGCGGAGUGCCUGUACGACCCCGUCACGAAGGCGUUGUACCGGGGCAGCUACUUGUACUGUGUACAGGAGUACUGGAAGCACACGAGAGGGGGACAGACUCCGCUGAAUUCUUACAGUGGGUUUAGAGAUAUGCAGUCACCGCGGGUGACGAUUCUUUUGAGUUCGAGUGGCACCGACACAACAGGGCGGCGUGCCUCUCCCACCACGACAUUCUUUUCAUCACCGCUGCAAAAGGUCAGUGAGGCCAAGGGGUUCUGCGAAAAAGCGACUCGCAACGUGGCCUUGGUACGCUCCAAGUACUUUACACAAGGACGCUGGAAGGUGGAGGAUUGGGAGAGCGAAGAUAGUGAGACGACGGCAACAACAACAACAACCACACAAACAACGCCUAUAACAACCACAGUUGAAAGUGCCGCUAGUACUACGACGACAGCCACCACCGCCGCCGCUGGCUGUGUGGAGGAGAGGGGCGAGGGAGCCUCGUGGUGUUUGUCGUCUCUUCGGUUUGUGGUGAAAGAUGAUCCCAUGCGGGGAUCUUCGCCAACUGCCUCCGUAUCCUCUACAAAUCAGACGCAGGAUGACGGGUUUGCGACACAAGAGCAAGGCAGUUUUGUGCAAGCCAAAGCACCUUGCUUCUCAUCACCUCCUGUCUUACCACCCCUCACGACGGUGCCCACACGGGAGGGAACAAAGACACUGGAUGCCAACGAGAGUCAGCAGCAACAUGAGACGAGUGGAUGUCCUUUUGGCUACGUCCAAUGUGGACGACGGCAUUCCAUUUUUGAACUGUGCUUUCAGGGAAGGAAUUGGUCAAAGGACUCCAAUCCUGUUGCUUACGAAGGGAGGGCGAACCAAGUGGUGGACGAGACCCAGAAUAUUGGUGCUGGUAGUAGCAGUGACACCAACUGCCUUGGUGUAUCGUCUCAUUCUUCCUUGCGGACAGGGGCCGGUGAAAAGCGUCAACGAGAAUCGGCUCUGCCACCUUCAUUUCGACCCGUUUUUAGACCUCCGGCCUCUACCAGCGGGAGAUCGACGGUUGCUUCAUCACAUGCGGAUAAAAUGCCUCCUGCUGCUAAGAGAAGGGUGCUGUCUUCCACGGAACAGGCCAAGCAACUGAUGAGGCGAUUUACCCCUGGGAGCUCCGCCGCCUCCACGGUGGAUUCCGAGGCGGAUAAUUCCAGCCAUAUGAACGGAGGGGCGGCUGAGCUUUUUAAAAAACUGACGUUUGCGCGACAGUGA